AUGUUUUGGAAGCUCACCGCUCUCUCUACCUCCUCUCCUGUGGAGUCAGUAUUAGACAAAGAAAAUUUCACUUUGGAAGAGCUUCUGGAUGAGGAAGAAAUAAUCCAAGAAUGCAAAGCUUUAAACACCCGACUCAUCAAUUUUCUGCGAGAUAGAGCCCAAGUGGAGCAGUUGCUCAGAUACAUCAUUGAGGAACCUUCAGAGGAUGCUGAAAGCAAACGAGCCUUCAAGUUCCCCUUCAUUGCUUGUGAGAUAUUUACAUGCGAAAUUGAUGUUAUUCUUAAAACUUUAGUGGAGGAAGAGGAGUUGAUGAACUUACUCUUCUCUUUCUUGGAACCAAAUCGGUCUCAUAGUGCAUUGCUUGCUGGGUAUUUCAGCAAAGUUGUUGUUUGCCUUAUGUUACGCAAGACAGUCCCACUUAUGAACUAUGUCCAAGCCCAUCAGGAUGUUUUUCGCCAACUUGUUGAUUUAAUUGGAAUAACAUCCAUCAUGGAGGUUUUGGUUCGGUUGGUAGGAGCUGAUGACCAUGUUUAUCCUAAUUUUACUGAUGUGAUGCAAUGGUUGGCUGACAGCAAUUUGCUAGAAAUGAUUGUGGACAAAUUGAGUCCUUCUAAUGCUCCUGAAGUCAAUGCUAAUGCAGCAGAAACAUUAUGUGCAAUAACUCGAAAUGCUCCAUCAGCCUUGGCUACUAAACUCUCUAGUCCAAGUUUUGUGGCAAGGAUAUUUGGUCAUGCAUUGGAAGAUUCACAUUCAAAAUCUGGUCUUGUCAAUUCACUUUCUGUUUGUAUCUCUUUACUGGAUCCAAAAAGAUCAGCAAUGUCUUCUCCCUUGAUGCAUUCUUUUCGAAGCCAACAUAUGUACGAGUCUCCAAUCCCUGUAAAUCCAGAGACUAUUAGUGCAAUGUUACCUAAACUUGGUGAUAUGCUUAUGCUAUUGAAUGUCCUGUCUGAUGAGAAGAUUUUGCCUACAACAUAUGGAGAACUGAAGCCUCCUCUUGGGAAACAUCGUCUAAAGAUUGUGGAAUUCAUUGCGGUGCUACUAAGAACUGGAAAUGAAGCCACUGAGAUGGAGUUGGUGAGCUCAGGAACCAUUAAAAGAAUUCUUGAUCUGUUCUUUGAGUAUCCAUACAAUAACGCUUUGCAUCAUCAUGUAGAGAGUAUCGUAAUGUCAUGUUUGGAGACCAAGAGUGACGCUAUGGUUGAUCAUCUUCUUCAAGAGUGUGGUUUGAUAGGAAAAUUUCUCCAAACAGAUAAAAACCCUGUAAUAUCUGAUGAUAUUAAUCAGCCAACUAUUCCUGCUGCUGGAAAACAAGCACCUCGAGCAGGAAACCUUGGACACAUUACACGAAUUUCUAACAAGCUUGUUCAGUUGGGAAACAGCAAUAGCCGCAUUCAGUCUUAUUUACAGGAAAAUAGCGAAUGGAAUGAGUGGCAAGCCAGUGUUUUGCAAGAGCGUAAUUUGGUUGAAAAUGUCUACCGAUGGGCUUGCGGGUAUACUCUUGCCUCAUCUGUUAUGCUUAUCCGCUCUCUAAAACACCGCCCAACAGCUUUGCAAGAUAGGACACGGGACAGUGACGAGGAUGACCUUCAUGACAGAGAUUAUGAUGUAGCAGCUCUAGCUAAUAACUUAAGCCAGGCUUUUAGAUACAAAAUAUAUGGGAACGAGGAUAAUGAAGAGGAUAGUGGGGGCCUUGAUCGGGAUGAUGAGGAUGUCUACUUUGAUGAUGAGUCUGCCGAAGUUGUUAUAUCAUCCCUAAGGCUUGGUGAUGACCAAGGAAGCAGUCUCUUCACAAAUUCAAACUGGUUUGCGUUCCAAGACGACAGAAUUGGUGAUGCACCUGGGAGCACAUCGCCUGGAGAGAUGAUGGAUCAGAUUAACUUAAAUGGAAAUGCAAAUGGUGGUAACAGCAGUAGUGAUGAUGAGGUGGUGGUGGGAGAGGAAGAUGAGUUGACCGAAAGCAAGGAUUCUGUCAAUGGCACAUCCACUUCCAACGCAGACCUCCUUGAUCAAUUUCCUGGGAGUGGUCCGGUUUCACAAAGUGGUGAUGCAAAUGCUCCUGAUACCAGCUUCUUCAAAUUUGAGACACCAGACAAUGAAGACUUGUUUGGAGAUAGGCCUUUACCUGAAUGGGUAGGAUGGGGAGAGCCAUCAGAUUUGCAAGUAGGGGGAUCAACUGUGAAUCCAUUUGUAGAUCAUGACAACUCUGAUGUCAAUCUUUCCAGCCAAGCUCAAGCAGAAACACCUGAUGCUAGUUCCCCAUCAAGUGGGGAAUCUAUACUUCCAAAUGGUUCAUCCCCCACCAAGGAUUGUAGUGAUGGUGGAUCAGUUAGCAGUGAUUCAAGUAAAAAAUCUCCCACCGUGCCUUCUUUGUUUGAAGAGGACGUUGAAUUUGUUGGUGUCGAAUUAGAAGGCUCCGAGAAGGCAAUGGAGCAAGCUCUCAAGGAGGGAAUAGUUGGUGAAGCGGGGCCUCUAAAGAGAAAUAUUGCACCAAAGGUGCCAGAGAAGGAAAAUUCCGAUGGUGCUGAGGCUGAGAAUAAGGAGUUCAAUGACGCAAACUAUUGGAGGAUUGAUCAAUAG